GGAAGCUCUUUAGAAUCUGAAAUUGACGUCGUCGCCCUUUCCCCAGCACCAUCGCAAAGUUCAUGCAAUAGUACGCAAACCGAGAAGAAAUACUUCUGUCAACGAUGCCUCAAUCACGACUUGCAGUUCCCAAGGAAAGGCCAUAAGCCUAUGUGCAAGUUCGUCCACCAUACAAUCCCUUUGAAUUUGAGCCAAACACAAGUCCUAGUGAUUCUUCCAGAUAUGCUAGUUGUACGUGCAGUGACUGUAUCAUGGUGGAACAACGGCGGCAGUUGA